CAUUAACAACCAGUUUAUUAACAACACUUGACAUUCUUGUCUUCUGGAGUACAAUCCUGAAAACCUGUCUGUAUGGGAAAACAAAUGCUGAACGAUUCUAAACUUAGCCCGAAGCAAAAAGACCUGUGGGUCAGUUGCGUUCGGCAGCCAAUAAUCCGUCCAUGAAUCCUGGCGAGACUCCCCUUCCUCCGUUCGCGCCCAGAAAUGAACGUAGCACUAGUGAUUGCUCUUUUCUGCGGAUGAUAUUUUGCAUUUUCUAAGACAGAAAGAGCUCUUUGCAAAGGAAAAUUUGAAAUUUUUCCACUGUUUAAUUUACUUUCAAAUCAGAUGACUUGCGUUUGGUACCGUCACACAACCUUUCCUCCUCCCAGGUCCCCCGGUGGGAGGAGUGCGCGAGGAGGCAUAGGUCCAGUCACGAUCACAUGAUUUACGUGAUGUGCUUGUCACCAGACGCGAGGUGAAGAGGUGUUCUUGCUUUGAUCGCGAGCUUUUCCGCUCAGCUAGCAGGAAAACAAAUGAGUUUGGAAACUUUUCCACCAUCAAAUAUGACUUCUACAUCAGACGAAAAAACACCCCUCAUGCGAUCAGUUUCUGCUUCAAACGAUGGUUUAGAAAGAAGCAGAACUAGCUUAAGUGAUAGCGGCCAUCUUCAAAACUUUAAACACUCCACCACACAGAGACAUCUUCCAUCACAAGUACCGGCGCAGAAUUCCUUCUUUCCUUUGGUGUGUGUUCUUCUUACUGUUGUUCUCGAAAGAUUGGUGUUCUACGGUAUUGUGGGAAAUUUGCUUAUCUUCUUGAUAACUGAGACUAAGUUUAAUCAAUCUGUUUCUAUUGGAAUCGUUUUCAUUUUCACUGGACUCUCUUGCCUGAUGUCCACCGUUGGAGGGACUGUCGGAGACUCGUACAGUGGUCGUUAUAACGCUGUAUGGGGAAGUCUUCUUGUUUACAUCGUGGGUAUUGGAAUGAUUUACUCGUCAUCUCUUAAAAUAUAUAGUAUUCUUGCCCAUGUUCUUUGCCUGGUUUCCUUGUUCAUAAUUACCAUUGGAGAAGGUGCAUUCAAGGCGAAUGUAACAGCUUUCGGAGGAGAUCAGUUAAGAGGACAGGACGAGCAAAGAUAUCGGCGAUUUUUCAACUGGUAUUAUUGGAGUAUAAACAUUGGUACAUUCCUGGGAUUCUCUGUAAUAGCAUAUGUCGAACAAAUGAAGUCAUUUUCAGUGGGAUUUGGCAUUCUUUUUGGUUGCAUUGUUUUGGCUGCUGUAGUAUUCUGCAUUUGUAAAUCGCGUUAUAUUAGUCAUCCCCCAACUGGACACAUUGUGAAAAAGAUAUAUAACAUCAUAAAAGAAGCAAAGCAGAAGAAAUAUGAAGAGGAAAAUAAUUCUAUAAGGGACAGUAGCACCCGUUUUUAUCCUGGCUUAGAGGAAUAUGUGCCAAUCAAAAGCUGGCUGGAUCGUGCCAUGGUGAAAUAUGGUGGAAGUUAUUUGGAUACUGAUGUAGAGGAAGUUAAAACAGUUUCCAAGAUCAUGGCCAUUUUUGUAAUCCUUAUUCCUUAUUGGGCAAUAUAUUUUCAGAUGAAUUCCACAUUUCUGCUCCAAGGGCUGCACAUGAGAUUAAGUCUGUUCGGUGACACAAAGCACAGUGUUGUUCCCCCUGCAUGGCUCUCUCUAGUGGAUAUCAUUUUUGUACUGAUCUUAAUUCCUAUUUUGGAUAAGAAGAUUUAUCCAUGGCUUGAUAGGAAAGGAUGGAGUUUAAGUGUAUUCACUAGAAUUUCAAUUGGGUUGUCGUUUGCUGUUGCAUCAAUGGCAGUUGCUGGUGGAAUUGAAACUGCAAGGAGAACAGAUAGAAAUUGUGGGAGUCAGACUAUUGGUCAUGUAAACUACACCGCCUGCAUGUCUAUCUACUUCCAGAUUCCCCAGUAUGGUCUCAUAGGUGUCAGUGAAGUGUUCACCGGUGUAGGGGUUCUGGAGUUUGCAUACAAAGAAGCUCCAAAAUCCAUGCAAAGUUUUGUCAUGGGGCUCUUCUUUUUUACCCAGUCAUUAGGCAGCUUGUUAGGUGGACUUUUGUAUGAGCUUUGUUCUUUUGGAAAUAGAUGGACUCCAAGUUUGUCUGACAAGUACCAAGAGCGAAGCCUCAACAAAAACCAUUUGAAUUAUUAUUUCUUCAUUCUUGCUGGCCUGCAGUUCAUCACUUUAAUCAUCUUCCUUGCUGUAACAGUCAAAUACAAGAUCAUUCAAUUCAUCAUAUCGCUCUAUGCUUCUAGUUACAGUUCUGACUUGAACUCCCUUGCUGGUAAAAAAGCAGCCUUUAAAGAGAUUUACAAGGAAGGAGCAAUGAUAGGAGCUGGGGUCUAUAAUGGAGACAUGGGAGAAUAA